AUGGUUUUUUAUUGUAUUUUGAUAUAAAUAACAUCGAAAAUUGUAGUUAUAGUUUAAGCCAUUGGUAGUUACUACAUUAGUUUUGAUACCGCAGAAGGAUGAUUUAAUUGGAAAAUGAUUUGGAUUUGGUGUCCUGUAUGCGUGGUGACUGCGUUGAUACUGGCACUGGGGUGCUAUGAGAUAGUGCUAGGCCCCGGACACCACGUUCAGGUGAGUCAAAACGGAGAAAAUGCACACGAGAACGGCACGUCCUCCGACCGGCUCUUCCUGUUCCUGGUGGACGGGCUCCGGAACUCGUCCGGGCUGAGCACGUCCAACGUCACAUCCCGGGGCGUCUUCGGGCUAAGGAUGAGCUAUACCAGGAUGGCGAUCGUCGGUGCGGCUACAGGGAGGUACGAUCCCGUCACCUCGUUUCUCUUCUCGACCCCCAUCAACGCGGACCACGUCUUCGCCAAGGCGGAUCGGGUCUACUAUUUCGGACCGGAGGCGACGCCCCGUUACUUCGGCAAUCCGGACAACUGGUUGACCGACGUCUAUCCGACACAAUGGCUCAACGACUAUCCGGAGAAUAAAGGUCUCAUCGACAAACCAGAUCAAUAUGUACUUGACAAAGUGCUCAAGCAUCUAAAAGAGAAUAAAGGGAAAUUUAAUAAGAAACAAAAGUGUAUAUACUUCAUACACCUAGUGACGAUGGAUCUCGCAGCGAGGGCUGAAGGAGUAAAGUCUCCGAGAGCUGCUGAUGCGAUGCUAAGCGUUGAGACAUCCAUAUCCAAAAUCGAAGCUUAUGCCGAAGAUGUGUUCGGUCCAUCUCAAACGGCGUACGUCAUACUGUCAGGUCACGGCACUGACGAAUACGGGAGAUCAGGAGGCUCGACUCUCGAUGAGCUGCACCUCCCAGUUUUUAUAUGGGGUAAUGGUACGAGGCCCGGUGUGAUCCAUUCGGGAGUACGUCCUGUUACCGAUUUGUGCCCUCUGCUUGCGGCCCUCUUGGGAGUCCCGGUCCCAGUCCAUUCCAGAGGGAAGAUUCCGAGAGUUUUCGUCGCUCCCAAAGUGUUGCCUUACGCUCUUGCUGCCAACGCGCUACAGCUCGGCGUGCUGUGCAGAUCGAUGGCUCGUUCCGCCGGUCCCUUAUCUAGAAAACUAGUCAGCAUACCUUUAACACCCUGCCUUUACUCAGAUUACACUUUUAAUAUAUCGGUGCACUUGGAAAAGAAAAAUUUUGAAGCUGUUUUCAAAGAAUCGACAAAUCUCAUCGAAAUAGCUCACUCGUGUAUAAACAAAAUGGAAGGAUUUUACAGCGGUUCGCUUCUUUUCACACUUGUUAUGGCUUACCUUGCUUGGAUCGGCUUGCUUUGUUCCACCUUGGCCACUCCUCCUCCUCCCGUGCGAUUUGCUUGGAGCUGGAUUCCUAUGAUAAUAACACUGAUGACCCACGUUCUCUUCUUCUUCAAGAUCGUCGUCGUAGCUUUGGUGAUUUGGACGGAGGCGUGGCCCUGGUAUCUUCUACCGGUUUUCGAGCUUCCCGUUUUCCUCUGGUGGACGGCUGUUUCGAGAUCCGAAAGGAUUUGGCUUUCGUUCUACAAAGAGGGCAUCGUCAAAUCGGCCAUGUAUGUAGCCUUCGCAGUUCUAGUCGUAGAGGUAAUCCAUUGGACACAUUCUAAGAUAUAUUUCUCAAUGUUAUUUUUUCUGCCGUACGUAACUUGGACAUCGACCAUGAAUUCUCGAUACGUUCCCACCCACGUCACUUGCGUCUGGGUCGGUACGACGCUUAUAAUAUUGAUAGUGCCUUCUCUACUCUGGCAAAUGAAGGAAUUAGGUAAAUCCUCCCCGGCCAUACUUAACGUCGGAGCCGCCAUAUGGAUAAUCGGUGGCUGUCUCAGCGCUUACAGAAUGGAUCUUCGCGCCAAGGAGCAUAUCGUCACAGGUGUAGUAGCUGGAGCCGGAACUUUGGCUAUUUGGUUUGUCGAUCUCUACCACUUGGGCAUAUGGGAAAACUGGAUGAGAGCGAUUUCAUGGAUAAUUUUGUCAAGUCCCGCAGUCACAGUUUUCGGAUCGUCCACUCUCUCUACAAGACUUAUCCAAGUAUGCAUGGCGUUGUCCGUUCCGUUGUUAUUGGUUUCUUCCGGUCAGGAGCCACUCUCUUUCCUCAUCCUAUCGAUCAAUCUGUACGCCUGGCUAAGAUUAGAAGCGUCCUCGCCGCAGUAUAAGCACCAGAAUUACUUGAGAGCCCUCGCCCUGCAUUUUUAUCUCAACUACGCUAUUUCCGUCAUCGGACCGCAGCCAAUCGUCUUCACGUAUGCGCACAAAGUUUCACAUUUCUUCUCUUCAGUGGAAAGCCCGUGGAUAAACUUCAGUAUGAACUGGUACAAGCUGGGCUUGAUCGCCUCUCUCGUCAUCUCCUUCUGGAGUGCCGUGUCGCUUUACAUCGGAGCUAAAACGUCUCUAACCUUCAAAUCCUGGCUUGUCCUGGCGGCAAUAUCAUCUGCCAGACAUUGCCUCAGCCUCUUCCUCAACGACGAGCCCAACCUAUCGGAUCUUUUUUACGCUCACUUCAUUUUCUUGGCGGUCCUCAUACCCUUUUGUAUAAUUCCAUUUGUACUCCUUGUUACAAAAUAUAGGAACAUAAUCAGAUCUGAUUAAAAACCUGUAAACCGAG